GCACAACGUUAGUGUGUCGUAGUGUUUGUUUGGUGUUUUUACAAGAAUCAACGGGUUUUACCAGUGAAACAAUAAAUAAAAUAAACUCUUAAUCAUGGACGCCGAUUUGUACGACGAAUUCGGCAAUUACAUAGGUCCGGAGUUGGACAGCGACGAUGACGUCGAGGAGGAGCCGGAGGCGCCGGACGAGGAUGAACAUCAAGACUACGAUGAGGAGCAAAUGGAUGAAGACCCACAACCCAUGGCUAUUGUACUGCAUGAAGACAAACAGUAUUAUCCGUCAGCGCUGCAAGUUUACGGGCCGGACGUGGAGACUAUAGUGCAGGAGGAGGACGCACAAGCCCUCGAUGUUCCCCUAGUUGAACCGGUUAAAAAGAAGAAAUUCCAAAUCAAAGAGCAAGAUCUGCCCGACACCAUUUAUAACAUGGAGUUUUUGGCAGACAUGAUGGACAAUACAACGUUGAUAAGAAAUGUGGCCCUAGUUGGCCACUUGCACCAUGGCAAAACCACCUUCGUGGACUGCCUCAUCAGGCAAACUCACCCUGGGUAUCAAGAUUACGAGGAGAAAAACCUGAGGUACACGGACACACUUUUCACGGAGCAAGAGCGGGGUUGCUCCAUUAAGUCGUUGCCCGUCACACUUUUACUCCCUGACAUCAAGAACAAGUCCUACUUGAUGAACAUCUUCGACACGCCGGGGCACGUCAACUUUUCCGAUGAAGUGACGGCCGCAAUGCGACUUUGUGAUGGGGUGGUGCUGUUUGUGGAUGCAGCCGAAGGCGUCAUGCUUAAUACCGAAAGGCUACUAAAGCAUGCGGUGCAAGAACAGAUGCAAGUCACCAUUUGUAUUAACAAAAUCGACAGACUAAUUCUGGAGCUGAAGCUGCCACCCCAGGACGCCUACUACAAACUAAGGCACAUUGUUGAGGAAAUUAAUGGGCUAAUGACGUUGUACUCAGAUGAUGCCAACCCCCAAAUCGUCUCACCAGUCAUGGGGAACGUGUGCUUCGCCAGCUCACAAUACGGCAUCUGUUUCACCCUUAAGUCCUUCGCCAACAUCUACAACUUGUACUUUGGGGAGGUCAACAUUGAGGAAUUUUCUAAGCGUUUAUGGGGCGACAUUUACUUCAACAGCAAGACGCGUAAAUUCUCCAAAAAGGCCCCCCACAACUCGGCCCAGCGUAGCUUCGUCGAGUUCAUACUGGAACCACUGUACAAAAUAUUUGCCCAAGUGGUUGGAGACGUGGAUUCAAGCCUGGCUGACGUGCUAGAUGAGCUGGGCAUAAAACUGAGUAAAAGUGAGAUGAAGCUGAACAUCAGGCCCCUCCUGCGACUCGUCUGCAAUCGAUUCUUGGGUGACUUCUCUGGGUUCGUUAAUAUGUGCGUGGAGCACAUCAAAAGUCCCCUGGACAACGCCAAGACUAAGAUCAAUCACAUCUAUACUGGGCCCAGUAAUACUAAAGUUUAUGAGGACAUGGUUAAGUGUGACCAGGAUGGGAUGUUGAUGGUGCACAGCUCCAAAAUGUACCCCACAGAGGAUUGCACCUUCUUCCAAGUGCUGGGGCGAGUCAUGAGCGGCACUUUACACGCAGGCACCGACGUCAAGAUCCUUGGGGAGAACUACACGUUGCAAGACGAGGAGGACAGCAGAAUACUCACAAUUGGAAGGCUGUGGAUUUACGAAUCCCGCUACAAGGUGGAGGUGAAUAGGGUACCAGCUGGUAACUGGGUUUUAAUAGAAGGCAUAGACCAAAGCAUUGUGAAGACGGCCACCAUUGCCGACUUAACAAUCUACGACGACCUGUACAUCUUCAGGCCCUUAAAGUUCAACACCCAAAGUAUUAUUAAGAUAGCAGUUGAGCCGGUUAACCCGUCGGAGUUGCCCAAAAUGUUGGACGGCUUGAGGAAGGUCAACAAGUCUUACCCACUGCUGACGACCAAGGUGGAGGAAAGCGGUGAACACGUUGUCUUAGGGACUGGGGAGCUGUAUCUGGAUUGUGUGAUGCACGACCUAAGGAAGAUGUACUCGGAAAUUGAUAUCAAAGUUGCUGAUCCGGUUGUGGCCUUCUGCGAGACGGUGGUGGAGACUUCGAGUUUGAAGUGCUUCGCCGAGACGCCCAACAAAAAGAACAAGCUCACAAUGAUCGCCGAACCGUUGGAGAAAGGGUUGGCCGAAGACAUUGAAAACGAGAACGUGCAAAUAGGCUGGAACAAGAAGAAACUCGGGGAGUUCUUCCAGACCAAAUACGAUUGGGACUUGUUGGCCGCCAGAAGUAUAUGGGCCUUCGGUCCGGACACCACAGGACCUAACAUUCUAGUCGACGACACUUUACCCUCUGAAGUAGAUAAAGGUUUGUUGAGUUCAGUCAGGGACUCCAUAGUGCAGGGCUUCCAGUGGGGCACCAGAGAGGGACCUUUGUGCGAGGAGCCCAUAAGGAAUACCAAGUUUAAAAUACUGGAUGCGGUGAUAGCCGGGGAGCCACUGCACCGAGGCGGCGGACAAAUUAUCCCCACGGCCAGAAGGGUGGUUUAUUCCGCCUUUCUGAUGGCCACCCCCAGACUAAUGGAGCCUUAUUUGUUCGUCGAAGUGCAGGCACCAGCCGAUUGUGUUUCGGCCGUCUAUACCGUGUUAGCCAAAAGAAGAGGACACGUCACACAAGACGCCCCAGUUCCCGGAUCUCCUUUGUACACGAUUAAAGCCUUCAUUCCAGCAAUCGACAGUUUCGGUUUUGAGACUGAUUUGAGGACACACACUCAAGGACAAGCGUUUUGCCUUUCUGUGUUCCAUCAUUGGCAGAUUGUUCCUGGAGAUCCUCUGGAUAAGUCCAUUAUAAUAAGGCCGUUGGAGCCACAACCAGCGACGCAUCUGGCAAGGGAGUUCAUGAUCAAGACCAGAAGGAGAAAGGGAUUGAGUCAGGAUGUUUCAAUCAACAAGUUCUUCGACGAUCCUAUGUUGUUGGAAUUGGCCAGGCAGGAUGUCAUGCUGAAUUAUCCUCUUUUAUAAGUUACAUUGUAAAAAAUAUUUUUUUUAUAAAUAAAUAUGUUUGUUUUUA